CACGGAAAUAAAACAAUCCUAUAUCUCUCAGACCCCAGUCAACCCCCUAAGCAACCAACCAGCCCCGCAAGAAUGUCCGGCCCCAGUAUAACCCUCUACAUAGACACCGUCAGUCCCUUUGGGUAUAUCGCCUUCCACGUCCUCCGAAACUCCCCUGUCUUUGCCAACUGCAAGAUAACCUACAUCCCCAUCUUCCUGGGUGGACUUAUGCACGCCUGCGGAAACACUCCCCCCGUGGAGAUCAAGAAUAAAUCCGCCUGGAUCAACCACGAACGCACCCGCUGGGCGACCUACUUCUCCGUCCCGAUCAUCCCGACCCCACCGCCGGACUUCCCGCCGCGCACGCUGCACACGCAGCGGGCGCUGGCCGCCGUGGCGCAGCUGGCCCCGACGCAGCUCGUGGCCGUGCAGGAGGCGUUCUACCGGACGUUCUGGGUGGACGGGGACGGGCGGAUCGCGGAGCCGGGAUGUUUCGUGCCGGUGCUGCAGCGGGUAUUGGGGGAAGAGGUGGCGGGAAGGGUGGUUGAGGCUAUGCAAACCCCCGCGAUCAAAGCGCUGCUCACGGCCAACACGGACCGGGCCUUCCAGGCCGGGGCGUUCGGGGUGCCGUGGUUCGAGUGCACGAAUGCGCAGGGCGAGACGGAGGGGUUCUUCGGGGUGGAUCAUCUGGGCCAGGUGGCGGAGUUCUUGGGGCUGGAGCGGCGCGGGGACCUGGGGAUGCGGGCUUUGCUGUAG